AUGGAGGGAGCGCAAUCUGCCCUUCGGCACAGAUUGCAGUUCAAGGGUGGGCAUGUAGCAGCAAAUGGGGAAGCAAAGGUAAGCACAGACGACCCGGCCAGCGAAGACGACGCGAGCUCCCCUUACGUAAAGAACACCCUCAUUAAGGUAACCCUCUUCGUAGUACUCAUAGUGCACACACUGCUGAUCUAUCUAACCAUAAAAACAAUGAAGAUGGAAAAGAUAAACCACAAACUGAAGGAAGAGAGUAUCAUUUUCAUCACAGAAGUAAUAAAGUUAAUAAUCUCGAGCUUCUUCUAUCUGCAAGAGAAUAAAUUUAAUAUAAAGUUGGUGCGAGACAACAUCACUGAUGCAUUAACGAAGAAAAGGAGUUACGUCGUCGCCCUAACCAUACCCAGCAUCAUGUACUACUUUCAAAACAUUUUUUUCUACAUCUCCAUGUCGAGCAUUCCCAUGCCCUUGUUCCAGCUGCUAUACCAAUUUAGGAUCCUCGUAGUGGUUAUUUUCACUUAUAUUAUUUUAAAGAGGAGAGUAAAAAUAUCGCAACUCAUUUCGAUCGUCUUGCUAUUCCUGUCGCUCGUGUGUCUGAAGGACUACAACCCCUGGAACGAUGCUCAUAAUUGGGGUAGCGGAAAUGUACCUAGUAAAGGCAACGACGUGGAAGACCUGAGGAGAAUUUUAUUUUAUAGAGUAAAGACAAAAUCUCUGAAUAGGAACACCCCAUUUGUUUUUUCUACCCUUUUGAGGGAAUUAAAAAAAAGGAAAGUGUCGCUACAUAUGUUGAACAAAAAUGAGUGCCCCCACUUGCUGUCUAACGCUGACGCUGACCCAGCUUCCGAGAAAAAUUACUACGACCUUGUAAAUUAUUCGCGGACAGUAUCAACACGCGGGGACAAAAAUCACGUGGAACCAUGCAAGGUCAGGACUACAACGAGGGAUGCUACACCUCCAUAUGGCCAUCCCUCCCAGCAUGAAUACUACCACCACCCCCAUAACAUGGUGAAGACGAACACUACACAAAAUAAAAUCAUAAUAGGUGUGCUGACAACCUUUUUAGCAACCUUCACCAGUGGGUUCUCUAGCGUUUUCCUAGAGUCACUCUACCUCAACUAUAGGUACUCCUUUUGGUUCCAGAAUAUGUGCCUGGCCUUCUUCACCAUCAUUUUGAGCCUCUCCACCAGUCACCUGGACAUAUCAUCAUUGUUCAGGGGGGUUCCCCGAGGGGGGGAAGACGUCAUGAAGGAAAACUGCACCAACGAAACGCACCGUCCAAUGUGUGCACCCCGCGACGGGCAGGAACAACCAGAUGACGGGCCUCCACCAAACGAAGUCACUUCUUUCCCUUUUAACCAUUUUAACUCGCUAAGGGAGUUCCUAUACGUUGCCCUGCUGAUAACCCUAAACAGCGUCGGCGGUAUUAUAACUUCCGUUUAUGUAAAACACGUGGGGAGCUUCUCCCGCUUCUUUGUCACUCCAUUCAGUUUGUUAUUUAAUACAUAUAUAUCCUCCAUUUAUUUUAAAGAUUUUCGCUUCACGAUGAAUUACUUCAUUUCGCUGGUGUUUGUUUUUUUCUCUUUGUUCUUUUACUUCAGGGGACACUCCUAG